AUGGUGUCGAGAAAUAUUGAAAACGUUGAAAUACUUUUAAGGGUGAAGGACGAGGAGUUAAAACGAGAAAAAGCAGUUCACACAGAAACUGGAUGUGAACUUUAUAAGCUUCAUCAGGAACUCGGAAAAUUUCAACUCCAGCUAGAUAACAAGCACAAUGAAUAUACAGUAUAUCAUGGGAAAUGGGAAGAAGAACAAAAAAUGCUGUCAAAUCUUCGAGAAAAUUAUCAGAGAUCUAUUAAAAAAAUGUUUGAAGAAACUAAAAGGAUGCAUUCUGUGAGAGAUGAAGUAGACGCACUGUGUUUACGAUUAUACUAUCUCAAUAAAGCUAAACAAGAUGUCAGUGAAGAUUUAAUGGUGUUAAAACGAGCUGCUGAAAAAGUUAAUACGGAUUUAAGCAAGAUUGUACAAAUGGAAAAUCAAAUCGCUAAAGAUGAAUUAGGUUUAGCGCAUAAGAAAGCCACCAAUAUUCAACUACAUGAAAGAGUUCAUGAAUUAGAGGAAGAAAUUGAUAAUACUAAUUUAUUAAUUACGAAGCUAGAGAGUGAAAUACACCAUGCCAAUAUAUCCGUAGAACGUAAACAAGGUAAUAUUGAUAUACUGAAUAAGAAAUUGGAACGUUCGAUUCGUGAGUCUGGUGGUCAAGAAGUUGGACCAUUGGAUGCACAAAUAAGUAAUAUGAAUAAAGCAGUUGCAGCAAAACAAGAUGAGAUUGGUGUACUUGAACAACAGUGGUUGAAAGAACAAAAUGAAUUAGUAAUGAAUAUAAAUGAACGUGAUAAGCUAGCGGAAUCUGUGACGAGAAUAAGUAAACAGUUGUCAAUAUUAACACAGAAAAAAUUACGUGUUGACAACGAGAUAACUAUUCAAGAACGUGAAAAGAAUGAUUUAGAAAAGGAGUUAAGACAUUUACAAAAUGAUAUCACCAGAAUGAACACCAUGAUAGCUAAUGAGAAGACGAAUGAAGAAAGCCUAAACAAUGAAAAUAAAUUGAGUGAAAUCGAUUUCGCGCGUGAUCACGUGUUGAAAGAUAAGGAAGAUUUACUGAAUGAAUUAGUUGAAGUAGAACGAACAAUUAUGCUGUGGGAGAAAAAGGUUCAAUUAUGUGAAGAAACUAAAAAAUCAGUUGACUGUAAUACAGGUCAAGGUGAAAUCAGUGUUAUGCGUCAUGAAAUUCACCGUAUGGAAACUCUCAAAUCAUCAUUACUACAGAAACAAGAAAGACUUAUACAAGCAUUAGAACGUUCUAUACUAAAGCGCGAUAUUAUAUUCAAUCAGUCUGAUGUUCUUCAAGCGAGAAAAGAUGAAACGCAAAUGCGUAUUACAGCUCAGCGUCAUAUCGAUGAACUCAAACGAAAGUUGAAAUUUAUCAGACAAAAUUCUUCGGUUUGCACAAAAGAACUUGAGGAACUGGCGGAAAAAACUAAUACUUUAGAAGGUGAAUUGUUCAUGAAAAAAACUGGUGCUGAGGUUGAACAAAAGAAAGCUGACGAGUUAAUGGAAAAACUACAAUCACUAUCCGACCAGAAGCAGAUUAAUAUUUUCGAGCUUCAAAUGCGUCAGCAUGCUACAGCUUACUGGGAACAGAUAAAACAAGGUAAAUAUCGUCGUCUUUGUCCUUCGAUCACUUCAACUGAGAAUGAACGAACAAGGCAGGUUAAUCGUGCUCGAAGUUUAAUGGCCGUUAUAGACCAGUUGGUAACAGAAUUUCCACAGAUUCAACAGGAUUUGGAGCCUGUACGUCAUCUGCUGGGAAUGAAAUUGGACUUUGAAAGCCCUAUACUUAAUAGUGAUAGUACUAAAGUUGAUAGUAAGAAUUCAUCUAUGAGCUAA